AUGCCACCCUCUGAAGAUCUCACCGACGAGGUCGAGGCCAUCAACUCCAUCUACGGCGACGGCACGCUCGUGCUUGCCGAUGGCGAGCACAGCGGCGGUGGCGGGGGUGAUGGCAGUGGUACGCUCGCCAAUCUGGCCAUUCCCAGGUCUGCAGACGACGUGGCUGGUGCUAGCGCUGGUGACGGCAAUGGCACAGACGGUACCACGGGAGCCUCGACGGCGCAUCACCCGCCAGUCGUUCUCGGUGUGCAAAGCGUGGGCGACACGGCGGGCCACCGGCGACCCGGUGCGGCAGCACACGACGCCGAGCAGUUUGGUGCCGCUCUGGCCACGGCAUUCCAGGAAGGCCAAGUCUGCCUAUUUGACGCCGUCGAGGAAUUUCUCCGACAGAAGGGCGAGGAGGUAGAGGAGGGCGUGCACAACGAAGCAGCUGCGGACGACGACCGGGCUGCAUCUCCACCAUCUCCACGACCGUCAACAGCACAGCAUCUGACAGAACCGCCGCCGUGGGUCACGGCCGAGCCCGUCGUCGAGCUCAAGUCGACGUUUCUCGCGCGCUGUGCAGCCGUGCGCUCGCCUGCCCAGGCAGCCGCGUUCAUCCAGCACCUCAAGGACACGGACCGACGCGUGCGGACGGCAACACACAAUAUGACGGCGUGGCGGAUACGAGAUGAAGGGACGGGCGUAACGUACCAAGACUGCGACGACGACGGCGAAACGGCGGCCGGCGGGCGCUUGCUGCACCUGAUGCAGCUGAUGGGCCUGUGGAACGUCGUCGUCGUGGUCACGCGCUGGUACGGCGGGCACAAGCUGGGCCCGCGGCGAUUCGCGCUGAUCAACCAGGCGGCGCGCGAUGCGUUUGUGCAGGCAGGCCUUGUGGCCGUGGCCGAGCCAGGAAAGAAGAAGAGGUGA